AUGGAGACUUCUGGUAAUAAAAUUGACCUUGAAGAUAUGCAAACUGGUUUUCACGAUAACGAUAAAACUACAAACAUUAGGGAAAAAAAUAAAGAAAAUAAAGUUCCUGAUGAUGGAUCAAUUCCUAUGGAAUAUGAAUACGUUAGAAUUAUUGAAAAUUAUGAGAGCGAAAACGAAAAAUUGAAAAAGGAAAUUGCAAGUUUAGAAAAAGCUAGAGAAUUAUCGGAGAAAGAUAAUAAAGAAUAUCGAAAGGAAUGUGAACAAAAAAUCGAAGAACAAAAAGACCAAAUUAUUCAGUAUAAUAGUCAUAUCAAUUUCUUACAAAGCGAAAAAGAUAACCUUCAGAAUCGAUAUAAUAAUCUUAUGGCUUCAUAUGAAUAUAAAAAUAAAGAAUUAGAUAAUAUUAAAAAGAGGAAUGAUUUUUUACAGAAAGAAGCAGCAGAGUAUCAAUCUAGAUUAGGUGAUGCAAAAAAUUUUCGUUUGGGAGAUGAUGAUCGUAAUAAUAGCACCCAUCUUACUCGUGAUAUUGAAGAAUUACAAAGUGAAAUUAAUAUUUAUGCCAGAGUCAAAAAAGGGGUAUCUUUGAAUAUGGAAAUGGUAGAUAAUGGUUUACAUGAAUUUGAUUGUUCAUUCGAAUCUUUCAAAACCUCUGACGAAGAAGAAGAUAAUAAAAAGAUGUUGGUCAAAGCAUUUCUCCAACGAGUUGUUCUUAUAACUAUAAUGGACCAAAUGGAUAAAUAUCUUGGACAAAUGGAUUCAAUUCAGAAGAUUCAAAUGGAUGAAAAGUAUGAAUAUCUUCAUGAAUUAGAAGUUAUCUCAAGAUCAAAAAAUUUAAUGACUACAGUAGAGAAUUUUGCUAAUAAUCGUGAUGGAAAAGAUGAAGUAUCCCUUGUCGCCCCAACAAAAAUACGUCAGCAAAUUUAUGCAUUACUCGGAGAUAGAGGGUUUUCCGAUAUUACAAUAAAAGGGGAAAAAAUUUCUCAUCCCGUUAUUCAAAAUAUUGCUAGUGAGUUGUCUAAAGUAAUGAAUAAAUAUCGUUCAUUCAGUUCUGAAGCAAAAGAGAAGGAAAAUGAUGAAAUGGCUCCAAAUAUCAUUCGAGAAGUGAUAAAAAUUUUCUAUUUUAGGUUUAAAGUACAAGAACCAGAAGCAGAAUAUAUAUGGAUUAAAAAAGGAACAAAAAUUGACUCAACCAUUAUGAGUGGAACGUGGGAUGAUCAAGUAGAACUUUGGUCUGUGGGUCUUUGUUUUAUUCCUCUGAUUGGGAUUAAUCUAAACAAUGAAAAACAUAGAAAAGUUUUAUUUCCUGCAAGAGUUUUAGCGAUUAAAAAUAAAAAAGGAAGUAAAAUGGGGGGAAUAGUAAAAUCUAUUUUCUCACACAAUAAAAGGGAGAAUUCAGUUGAUCAUAAAAACUCAGGACAGAUUCAAAAAGAAAUAAACAGGAAUAAAAACAGAAUUAAUAAUUCCGAAAUAAUUGGUUCAAUGUUUAAUAAUCCACCUCUUAGUCAAAUUUAUUCAGAGAAUCCAAGUAAAUAUACACAAGCUUCCGAUCAAAUAAAAAAUUCGAGUCAAACAAGGCAAACUGAAAAGGCCAGAAAUAACAAUUCAUCAAGAAAUGAAAAAAUCGUCCUGAAUAUGGAUCUUUCGUCUCUUGCGUCGUAUUAUGAUCACUCUUCCCCUCAGAAUUAUAGUUACACUCAAGAUUCUCAAAACAAUAAACAUGAUCUUAAUAAUCAAACUCUUCGGAAUGACUCUUUUAAAGACAGAAAUACCAGUAGUCAUUCUUCUCAAGACAAAAAUUUAGCUUCCCAAGAUAAUUCGCAAAAUCAAAAUCAAAAUCUAAAUACCCCCUAUCAAGACCAUUCUGAAAUAGAUAAUUCUAAAAAAGAUAAUAAUACUCCCCCAGAACUUCCCCCAAAGUCCCCGAAAUCCCCGAAGUGA